UAUUGACAAGAAUGUUUUGGAUACAUAUGCUUUGAAUCUUGCAUAUAGUAGGCCUACUUUAGUUUAUUUGUAUUGAAAAGAUAAUCGUGUUGACAAGAAUGCUUUGUUUGAAAUUGUUAGGAUGGUUUGCCUUCUCGAUGAUCACUGGGACCAUCAACACCAGUCGUACGCUUUGUCGGUGCAGCAGCAGGAGCUUCAACCUCUGAAGCUUCGAUCUCACGGGGUCAACCUUUCGGGGAUGCGAUAUGAUGAGCGAUACACACCGUAUGUGGGAGACAGGACUCCUCCCUUUCAUUCAAUUGGUCAGCCGGUCGACGCCACCCCUCAAUGUUGCAGCAAUCACCGCGCUUACUGAUCGUUGGCGGCCGGAGACACACAGUUUCCAUCUUCGGACCGGGGAGAUGACCGUGACACUCCAGGAUAUUGCUAUGAUCACCGGUCUUCCUAUCGAGGGUAAUCCUCUAUGUAUGAGCACCGAUUCAGAUGGGUGGCGCGAGCAGAUGCAUGCCCUUAUCGGUAUGGUUCCUCCGGAGCCUCGGCAACCAGCAGCAGAAGACAAGAAGAAGGAAAGAGUCGCAGCCGGUGCUCCUUUCACCUGGGUUGCAUGGAACUUUGCUAAUUGCCCCGAGAAGGCUAAUGAGGAUGAGGCCAAGACAUAUGCUCGUGUCUACAUGUGGUACGUUAUAUCCAGGACUAUGUUUGCUAAUGGCACGGGCAAGAAUGCUCCAUGGAUGUGGCUGAAGGCGUUGACCAUCUUCGAUAGCAAAUGGAGUUGGGGUUCGGCGACACUGGCUUACUUGUAUAGACAGUUGGAUGAAGCCUCUUGUAGGAAAUCAGGAGGUAUUGGUGGUUGUAUGCUUGCACUUUCUAUAUGGAGCUGGGAGCGAUUGCCGGUUAGACGACCGAAGACCAUGAAGUACGAGGAUUGGAACGACCAUGACGACCCACUACGGUACCCCACUUGGGCUUACAAGUGGGAUGUGGUAAAUGAGACGACGGAUAAUCCCUCGGUCGUGUACAAGUUGUACAAGAGCGAGCUGGACACGAUCAUGGCUGAACAGGUGGAAUGGGAGCCGUAUGGAAAAGGGGAUAGUUUUGGUAACCUUAGAGACUUUGUGCUGAAUCCGAUGUGCCUUAGGGAUAGGGAUCUUAGGCAUAUGUGGUGCCCACUCAUAUGCAACUGGGCGGUUGAGCUUCACCCGCCACAUCAGGUGUACCGCCAAUUCGGUUUGUUCCAGCCACACCCGCCGAAGUGGGAGGACACGGACAAGUGUUUACACGCGUUUGAUAGGAGAAGGCAGCGGAAGGUCAAGCAUUGGGACAAGCAUCACAGGAAUUAUAUCAUACAGUUUGCACUUAGUGUGGAGCUGUUGGGGAAUGUAGUAAUUUCAAAAAAAAAUCCUACGCACACGCAAGAUCAUGGUGAUGCAUAGCAACGAGAGGGGGAGUGUAUCUUCAUACCCUUGAAGAUCGCUAAGCGGAAGCGUUUAUCAACGCGGAUGAUGUAGUCGUACGUCUUCACG